GAACAGCAGCCCAGUUGGACAGACGACUUACCAUCCUGCCAUCUCUCUGGGGUGGGCUCAGCUCCAAACCGUUCCUACAGUGCAGAUGGCAAGGGGACAGAGGGUCACCCCUUGGAAGAUAAUUGGUUAAAAUUCAGGAGUGAGAACAACUGCUACCUCUAUGGUGUCUUCAAUGGCUAUGAUGGCAACCGGGUCACCAACUUUGUGGGUCAGAGGCUCUCUGCGGAAUUGCUGCUGGGCCAGCUUCAUGCAGAUCACAGCGACGCUGAUGUGCGUCGCGUUCUGCUGCAGGCUUUUGAUGUGGUGGAAAGAAGUUUCCUGGAGUCCAUCGAUGAUGCCUUGGCAGAGAAGGCCAGCCUGCAGUCCCAGCUACCAGAGGGUGUCCCUCACCACCAGCUGCCUCCUCAGUACCAGAAGAUUGUGGAGAGGUUGAAGGUUGUAGAGCAGGAGAUCUCUGGAGGAGCCAUGGCUAUCGUAGCUGUUGUUCUCAACAACAAGCUCUAUAUUGCCAAUGUGGGUACCAAUCGGGCGCUGUUGUGCAAGUCCACGGUGGAUGGGCUGCAGGUGACUCAGCUCAACGUGGACCAUACCACAGAGAACGAGGAUGAACUUUUUCGCUUCUCCCAGCUGGGCUUGGACGCAGGGAAGAUAAAACAAGUGGGAACUAUUCGUGGGCAGGAAAGCACUCGGCGCAUUGGAGAUUACAAAGUCAAAUACGGCUACACUGAUAUCGAGCUGCUCAGUGCUGCUAAAUCUAAGCCCAUCAUCGCAGAACCUGAAAUCCACGGAGGGCACUCGCUGGAUGGGGUGACUGGCUUCUUGGUGCUCAUGUCUGAGGGGCUCUACAAAGCGCUGGAGGCAGCUCAUGGGCCUGGGCAGGCCAACCAGGAGAUCGCAGCCAUGAUAGCCACAGAAUUCGCCAAGCAGACGUCACUGGAUGCCGUGGCGCAGGCGGUCGUGGACCGCGUUAAGCGGAUCCACUGCGACACUUUUGCCAGUGGUGGGGAACGGUCCAAGUUCUGUCCCCGGCACGAAGACAUGACACUGCUCGUGAGGAACUUCGGGUACCCCCUGGGUGAGAUGAGCCAGCCCACGCUGACUCCGACGCAAGGAGGCCGUGUCUACCCAGUCUCCGUGCCGUAUUCCAGCUCCCAGAGCACAAGCAAGACGAGCGUCACGCUGUCCCUUGUCAUGCCUUCCCAGGGACAGAUGGUCAACGGUGCCCACAGCAGCUCGACUCUGGACGAAGCCACCCCCACCCUCACUAACCAAAGCCCCACUGUGACGCUCCAGUCGACGAAUACUCACACGCAGAGCAGCAGCUCGAGUUCCGACGGGGGUCUCUUCCGCUCCCGACCCACCCACUCGCUCCAGCCGGAUGAAGAUGGGCGUGUGGAGCCCUAUGUGGAUUUUGCAGAGUUUUACCGGCUUUGGAACAUGGACCAUGGCGAGCAGGGAGCACUGACUGUGUCCUAACGUGGAACUCUGCCUCCUCCGGACACCGUGCGUGAGCAGAGGCUGAGGCAAGGCUGAGGGCGCUGCCCCGGGGUCUGAGUUGCCUCCCAUCCCGGGUGCGCUGAACACUGGGCCGGGGAGCGCCUGCAGCGCUCUACACGUGCGUUGCCUGUACCACGUGCUCCGUCCUGACCAGCCUCGUUCCCUUGGAAGCCCUGUGGAUAGGGGAAGGGGAUUUGAAUGCGUUUUCGCCAAUAAAGAUGCGGAGAGGGCUCCCUCUGGAUAAUGCAGGCGCAGGGGCCUGCGCAGAGGCUGCGUGCGCGCCUGUGUAGGUGCGUGCCGGCGGGCGUGCUGUCACAGUGUUCCCACAACUCCAUUCACGAUGCUGUGACUCCAGUGUUCGACUCCAUAGAAGAUACCUCUAUUUUGCGGAAUAAAUAACUUAUAGCUACA